UAAUGUUUGAAAAAUAUGGCUGCUGUGCUCAUCAUCGUCGCCAUCAAAAUUCAUCUGCCCAUCUUCAUCACCUUCCAAUGGCGACCAGGUCAACCCAAUUGUACCUCAAAACCUCCGAAUUUGUGGGAGACAAGUAUCAAGACAUUUUACAAUCUUGGAAAAAUGGGUGUUCUUGAGAGUUCCCAGCCAACUUAUGCUAAAACUGGAACAAGUUUAAUUGUGUGUUUAUGCUGGUGUUUGCUGCUGCUUAUAGGAGGAGCAGAUAGCCAACUGACGCAUCCCAAUGAAGUGAAUGCAUUGCGAAACAUCCAGAGAAGUUUGACGGACCCAUAUCGGAAUCUUCGCAAUUGGAACAGGGGGGAUCCAUGUGCUUCAAACUGGACAGGGGUUUAUUGCCACAACAGAACAAUGAAUGAUGGUUAUCUUCAUGUCAGAGAAUUGUUACUGCUAAAUAGGAAUCUAUCAGGAAGCUUAUCUCCACAACUUGGACAGUUAUCUUAUUUGGAGAUACUGGACUUUAUGUGGAACAAAAUUACUGGGAGUAUACCCAAGGAGAUAGGCAGCAUUACAACGUUAAAAUUGAUGCUUCUGAAUGGAAAUGAAUUGACAGGUUCCUUGCCCGAAGAGAUUGGUUUUCUUCGUAACUUGGACAGGAUACAAAUUGACCAGAACUACAUAUCUGGAUCUAUACCCGCAUCAUUUGCUAACUUGAGCAGUGCAAAGCAUUUCCACAUGAACAAUAAUUCACUUAGUGGGCAAAUACCACCACAGUUGUCCAGACUUCCAGAGCUUGUUCACUUGUUGCUUGACAAUAACAACUUAUCGGGAUAUCUUCCUCGAGAGCUUUCUGAAAUGCCAAGCUUGCAGAUACUUCAACUAGAUAAUAACAACUUUGCCGGGAGUGACAUACCUUCUUCGUAUAGCAACAUGUCUCGUCUAUUGAAAAUGAGUCUAAGAAACUGCAGUUUGCAAGGGCCAAUCCCUAACUGGAGCAAUUUGUCUUCUAUUGCAUAUAUAGAUUUGAGCCUAAACCAGCUUAAUGGAUCGAUACCAGCAGGUGGCCUUUCUGAGAAUAUCACUACCAUUGAUCUAUCCUACAACAAUCUUAAUGGAACUAUCCCUGCCAGCUUCUCGAGGCUUCCUUUUCUACAGAAAUUGGCGCUGGCAAACAAUUCACUGAGCGGUUCUGUCCCAUCCACCAUAUGGCUAAGUAGGACUCUUAAUGAAUCCGAGAGACUGUCCUUGGAUUUUCAGAACAAUAUGUUUUCAGAUAUAUCUGGCAGUCGUGUCCUCCCUCCGAAUGUCACCGUUAGUCUUCGCGGAAAUCCCUUAUGCUCAAGAGGCAACCUUGUUCAAUUCUGUGGACCCCAAGACAAAGGUUUCGGCAAUAUCUUGAACAAAACAAAUGGCAGUGUGUGUGUGGCGUCAUGCCCACCUCCUUAUGAGUUAGCUCCACCAUCUCCUGAUUCAUCUUGCUUUUGUGCUGCGCCUCUGCGGAUAGGAUACCGCUUGAAGAGUCCCGGAUUUUCAGAUUUUCGCCCGUAUAUUAAUACAUUCAAGGGGUACCUAAGUGAUGGUAUGGAAUUGCAUAUUUAUCAGCUCGUCAUUGAUUCGGCAGAAUGGCAAGACGGACCUCGACUGAGAAUGUACCUGAAGAUUUUUCCAGUUUAUGUUAACAACUCAACAUUUAAAUUUAACGACAGCGAGGUCGGUCGAAUUCGUAGCUUGUUUAGUGGAUGGAAUAUUCCUGAUAACGAUGUGUUUGGACCUUUUGAGCUUCUCAACUUCACACUUUCGGAUCCUUACGGAAAUGAAUCCUCAUCUUCGUCUGGUAUAAGCAAGGGGGCACUAGCUGGAAUCAUACUAGGAGCAAUAGCUGGAUCAGUUACCUUAACAGCCGUUGUGGCACUUUUCAUCUUGAAAAAGCACAUGAAGAAAUAUCAUAUAGCUUCAAAACAACGUCGAUCAUCAAGGAUCUCCAUCAGAAUCGAUGGUGUGAAAGAUUUCACUUAUGGUGAAAUGGCACAGGCAACAGAUAAUUUUGCUGACUCGAGUUUCGUUGGACAAGGAGGUUAUGGAAAAGUUUACAAAGGUAUUCUUGCUGACGGAACCAUGGUGGCCAUAAAACGAGCUCAGGUGGGAUCAUUACAGGGUGAUAAGGAGUUUCUUAAUGAAAUAGAACUAUUGUCGAGGUUACAUCACAGAAACCUUGUGCAAUUGAUGGGAUAUUGUGAUGAAGAAGGUGAACAGAUGUUGAUCUAUGAGUUCAUGUCUAAUGGUUCCUUGAGAGAUCACCUAUCUGGGAAGACCAAAUUGCCUUUGAGUUUCAAUAUGAGAGUAAGAAUUGCACUGGGUUCAGCCAAAGGCAUUCUUUACCUACAUACGGAAGCAAAUCCUCCAAUAUUUCAUCGGGAUAUCAAGUCAACCAACAUAUUAUUGGACCCUAAGUUUAUCGCAAAGGUUGCUGAUUUUGGACUGUCACGGUUAGCUCCAGUUCCUGAGCUUGAAGGAGGCAUCCCUUCUUAUGUAUCAACAGUUGUAAAAGGGACUCCGGGAUAUCUUGAUCCAGAGUAUUUUUUAACGCACAAAUUGACGGACAAAAGUGAUGUUUACAGCCUUGGUGUUGUCUUUCUCGAACUUUUGACAGGGAUGCACCCAAUUUCACAUGGGAAAAACAUUGUUCGGGAGGUCAACAUUGCAUAUCGUUCGAGUAUGAUAUUUUCUAUCAUCGAUGAAGGAAUGGGAUCUUAUCCCUCUGAAUGCGUGGAGAAAUUCAUAAAUCUGGCUCUUAAGUGCUGUCAAGACGAGACAGAUUCCCGACCUUCAAUGACAGAAGUGGUUAGAGAACUCGAGAACAUAUGGCUCAUGAUACCUGAGUCGGACACCAAGAUAUCUGAAUCCAUAGACAUUGAUCCCAAAAAGGAUAUCACUCCGCCAUCUUCAUCUAAUAAACUAACGCAUCCAUACGUUUCACAAGAUAUCUCAAGCAGUGAUCUUGUCAGUGGAGUGAUUCCCACUAUUACACCGAGGUGAUGAUACAAAUUCAGUUCACAUUUUUUGUCUAUAAACUAUACCUUUUCCAUUAGUGGUAAAUUGACAUAAUUCUAUAUAGUCAUUCUAUUUCGUUUGUAUUGUGAGCUAUUUAGUGUUUUUUAAUAAUACCCAUGUACAUACAUGAUAGCUUUUAUUUAAAUCGUUGUUAUUUUC